AUGUCGGGCUUGGAUGUCGAGGCCCUCUUGGAGGCCACAGCUCAAAGUGCAGCACAGCCAAAUUCCAAUACUCAGAUCGAUGACUCUUCCAGAAGCGACCGGAAUGGUCGCGCUCAGAACGGAUCUGAGCGCGAAGGCUCCAAGAGCCGCGAUGAUAGCCGCGAUCGUGGCAGAGACGCUGACAAUGAUCGCCGUCGACGUGAUCGUCGAGAUUCUCCUACAAGACAUCGUAAGGGCACUCCUGGCGAAACCACCCCACGGAGUGAUACUGGAAGCCACCGCAGUAGACGCCGCAGCGAAAGCCGGGAUAGAGACCGGUACAACUCACGCCGACACAGGGACGGUGAUUACUAUCGUGGACGACGCGGGCGAUCCCGCUCCCGCUCAAGAUCCCCUCGUCGGCGUUAUCGCCCUCGAGAUGACCGAGAUCGUAGGGACCGCCGCGAGCGCUCUGACCGCCGAGACCAGGGUCGAGGACGAGAUCAAUCCCCGGGCAAACGGUCUCGUUCACCCAAGUUGAAUGAAGACGAGCGGGACAGCCGAACCGUUUUCGUUCAGCAGCUUGCUGCUCGUUUGCGAAGUGACAAGCUAAAACGAUUCUUCGAAGAGAAUGCCGGUCCAGUAAACGAGGCUCAGAUUGUCAAGGACAGAAUCAGUGGACGAUCCAAGGGAGUUGGUUACGUUGAAUUCAAGGACGAAGAAACGGUUCAAAAGGCACUUCAGCUCACUGGAAAGCCAUUGGCAGGUAUUCCUAUUAUUGUCAAGCUCACAGAAGCUGAGAAGAAUCGACAAGCUCGCAACACCGAAGCGUCCAGUGGACACCCGAACUCUAUUCCGUUUCAUCGCCUAUACGUUGGUAAUAUUCACUUCAAUGUCACGGAACAGGACCUGCAAGCCGUCUUUGAACCAUUCGGUGAACUCGAAUAUGUCCAGCUUCAGAAGGACGACAAUGGUCGCAGCCGUGGAUACGGGUUUGUUCAAUUCCGUGAUGCAACCCAGGCUCGCGAGGCUUUGGAAAAGAUGAACGGCUUUGACCUUGCAGGCCGACCUAUCCGAGUCGGUCUGGGCAACGAUAAGUUUACCCCUGAGAGCACGGCCAACUUGAUGCAUAGGUUUUCAGGACAGAACAACUUCCAGGGCUCUGCGUUCUCAGGAGCAGGAGGCCGCGGUGGCCAGUCUUCCACGUUUGACAGAGCCGGCGGCCGAGACAGCGACAAAGCCGGCGGCGCCAGCGCCCUCGACGACACCGAUGUCGCAGGAGUAAACUUUAAUAAUUACAGUCGCGAUGCAUUGAUGAGAAAACUUGCCAGAACCGACGAGAUACCUAAUGGAAGAGAAGACCAGGCCGUUGUGAAACCCAAGACUGAAGCGAAGCCACUUCCUGUCAACGUCAACAUGGCUAGUCGCUGUGUAGUUCUGCACAACAUGUUCGACCCUGAAGAGGAAGAAGGUGAUGAUUGGGUCAAAGAACUCGAAGAUGACAUCCGAUCAGAAGCCGAGAGGCAGUAUGGACAUGUCGUUCACAUUGCUGUCGAUCCUAACUCCAAGGGUGACGUUUAUCUCAAGUUCGACAAAGUCCAAGGCGGUGAAAAUGCAAUCAAAGGCCUAAACGGGAGAUAUUUCGGCGGAAGGAUGAUUAAUGCAUCUCCGGUUGUCGAUGCUGUCUAUAGCAGUCUCUUCUCCCGCACCAGAGCCAUUUAA